CGUUCGUCUUCCUCAUUUCGCCGGCCGGCCUGACGCCACUUCCUGCCACUUCACCGCCAAUUUACGACGCCCUCUCUCUGCUGAAAACCAGCAUUUUAUUUUAAUGUCAACGCGACGAAACGUGAUAAAUUAAUCUAUAGUCUUGUAGCUGCAUCGGUAAUUAAUUUACACUGGUCGUGGCAACAUUAGCGACACGUCCCGUUUACACUUGUUGCAAAGCGCCGUCACAGUUUCAUCAGUCAGGGGAGGAGCCGGGCACAUGCAGAGUCCUCCUCUUUUUAAGUAUCUGUGUGAGAAAUUAAGAAUUAACGUGGUUAAAGAAGAUGAAUCAAUAGGAGACUUUACACAAGCCGCCAUCUAUUUACUGCACAAAGGACAAGACAAACUGGGACUUCAGGAGGGGCAAUAAAAAAGCUUUAAAUUGACCAUGCUGCUGCAAAGGCUCACCCUGUGUUCAAGGAUCCCACUGAAUCACCAGAGACACGUAUGCCGGCUGCUCACCAGACCACUGACACAAGCUCCUCAGGGGAGAGCCCAUGGCAGCUCCUUUUCUCACCGCGGUGAACUGCGACAGGCCAAAAGGAUUGUAGUCAAGCUUGGUAGUGCAGUGGUCACCCGGGGGGAUGAAUGUGGCCUGGCACUGGGGAGGCUGGCCUCCAUAGUGGAGCAGGUCAUCUCACAAACCUGCAUAUUUACCAACGUGGCCAUGCUGCAGAACCAGGGCAGAGAGAUGAUGAUUGUCACCAGUGGAGCAGUGGCCUUUGGCAAGCAAAGAUUAAGACAUGAGAUCCUGCUGUCCCAGAGUGUCCGUCAGGCGCUGCACUCAGGACAGAACCAGCUCAAAGACAUGUCUCUGCCGGUGCUGGAGGCCCGGGCCUGUGCUGCAGCUGGACAGAGCGGCCUGAUGGCCCUUUACGAGGCCAUGUUCACCCAGUACAGCACUUGCACUGCCCAGGUCCUGGUGACAAAUCUUGAUUUCCACGAUGACCAAAAGAGGCAGAAUCUGAACAGCACCCUGCAGGAGCUGCUGCGGAUGAACAUCGUGCCCAUCAUCAACACCAAUGACGCCGUGGUGCCCCCGCCGGAGCCCAACAGCGACCUGCAGGGGGUAAAUGUGAUCAGCAUUAAGGACAACGACAGUCUGGCUGCGCGGCUAGCCGUGGAGAUGAAGGCUGACCUCCUCAUCGCGCUGUCUGACGUGGAAGGACUUUACAACAGCCCCCCUGGAACUGAUGACGCAAAGCUCAUUGACAUCUUCUACCCUGGAGACCAGCAGUCCAUCACCUAUGGCACUAAGUCCAGAGUCGGGCUGGGAGGCAUGGAGGCCAAGGUAAAGGCUGCGCUGUGGGCCCUGCAGGGUGGCACCUCAGUGGUCAUUGCAAAUGGCACCCACCCUAAAGUAACCGGUCACGUCAUCACUGAUAUUGUGGAGGGCAAGAAGGUGGGAACCUUCUUCUCUGAGAUCAAACCUGCAGGCCCAACUGUGGAGCAUCAGACAGAAAUGGCACGCAACUCUGGAAGAACGCUGGCAUCUCUGCACCCAGACCAGAGGAGUGAGAUUAUCUGCCAUCUAGCAGAGCUGCUGACUGAAAGAAAGGAAGAGAUUCUGGAAGCCAACAAGAUGGACAUAGACCUGGCUGUAAACGCAGGCCAUUUGCCAGCAGCCAUGCUAAAUCGUCUGAGCUUGACACCUGCCAAACUUAACAGCUUGGCCAUCGGUCUGCGUCAGAUCGCUGUGGCCGCCCAGGACAGCGUGGGCCGCGUGCUGCGCAGGACCAGGGUGGCUCACAACCUGGAGCUGGAGCAGAUCACUGUGCCCAUCGGAGUGCUUCUGGUCAUCUUUGAGGCCCGACCCGACUGCCUGCCACAGGUGUCAGCAUUGGCAAUCGCCAGUGGCAACGCCCUCCUGCUGAAGGGAGGCAAGGAGGCAGCCAACACCAACCGGGUCCUCCACCAGCUCACCCAGGAAGCCCUGUCCAUGCACGGAGUCACAGAGGCAGUGCAGCUGGUGAGCACUCGUGAGGAGGUGGAGGAUCUGUGCCGACUGGACAAGAUGAUCGACUUGAUUAUCCCCCGAGGUUCAUCCCAACUGGUGAGGAACAUUCAGCGAGCGGCCAAGGGCAUCCCGGUGCUGGGUCACAGCGAAGGAAUCUGCCACGUCUACGUUGACGCAGAAGCCAGCGUUGACAAAGUCAUCAAAAUCGUCAGAGACUCCAAGUGUGACUACCCAGCUGCAUGUAAUGCCAUGGAGAGUCUGCUGAUCCACAGGGACAUCCUCAGGACCCCGCUGUUUGACCAGAUCAUCGACAUGUUGCGCACCGAGCGGGUGAAGAUUCACGCAGGCCCCCGGUUCGCCUCCUACCUGACAUUCAGCCCGUCGGAGGCCAAGUCCCUGCGGACAGAGUACGGGGACCUGGAGUGCUGCAUGGAGGUGGUGGACAGCAUGCAGGACGCUGUGGACCAUAUUCACAAGUACGGCAGCUCCCACACAGACGUUAUCAUCACAGAAAAUGAGGAGACAGCCGAGGAGUUCCUGCAGCAGCUGGACAGUGCCUGUGUUUUCCUGAACGCAAGCUCACGUUUCGCUGAUGGCUACCGCUUUGGACUGGGAGCAGAAGUCGGCAUCAGCACGGCUCGUAUCCACGCCCGGGGCCCCGUCGGCCUGGAGGGGCUGCUCACCACCAAGUGGGUCCUGAGAGGCGACGGGCACACGGCGGCCGACUUCUCUGAGCAGGGCACCAUGAAGUACCUGCAUGAAAGCCUGCCUGUCGGGCAGCCUCUCGCUGGGCAGAGGGACACCAACUAGACCAGAGGCUUUUACAACAAUCACCCGGGCCUAACUUUGGUCAAAAUGGUUUGCAUUGGCAGCUGGCAGCUCCCCCCGGGGGGCAUGUUGCAGAUGGUGACUGAUAUCAGUGUUUUAAACAGCAUAGAGAGUAGGGCUGGGCGAUAUGGACCAAAAGUCAUAUCCCGAUAUAUUCAGGCUGAAUAUCGAUGUACAAUACAUAUCCCGAUAUUUUUAUCGCAAAGUGAGAGCAAAUGUUCAGUCUAAGCCAAAUAUGACAUGUCACAAGUAGUUUUAUUGAAACUUUUUAUUUAAGUGAACAUAAAUACUGUAUAACAACAGGAGUACCUUUUUUUCAAAUCAAAGCUCCAUAAAGUGAACAUUUAAAUAAAAUAAAAAUAGCCUAUGUAAUAAAAUAGGCCAAUCUUUUUCUUAAAUAUAUUUAUAUGAGUAAAGAAUAAUGAACAUUACAAAAGAAUUAAAUAUGACAAACCCUAGUAAGGGCAGCAUUUAUAUAUAAAGAAAGAAAAAAAAAUAGAACUAUAUCGAUAUAUGCGAUAUG